AUGUCAUUAGAAGUAUUAAAAGAUGUUAAAAUUCCAAAAUUACCGCGUAGAGUUAAGGUUUAUGAGAUGCGUGAUGAUAAUUGGCAUGAUUGUGGAACAGGAUAUUGUACAGCAGUAAUUGAGAAUGAGAUGGAUGGCUAUUUUGUGGUUAAAUCAGAAACUAAUAUAGAACAAGUAUUGUUGAGGAGCAAAAUUGUAUGUGAGGAUUUAUAUCAAAUACAGCAAAAAACGUUAAUUGUAUGGCAAGAAUUGGAUGGAACUGAUAUUGCAUUAAGUUUUCAAGAGGUAGACGGAUGUGAUGAGAUGUGGUAUUUCCCUGGUUUUAUUAAUUGGUGUACUAGGAAUUUUUUGAAUGAAGUUAGGAAGACACUGUUAGCUACGUCUGAAGUAUUGAAACCACUGGACUUGGAGUCUCAAAUAGAUGAUCAUGUGGAUGAAUUUUUUUCUGAUGACGUAACCAAACAAAACCCAUCGAGUCCUGUGAUUUUGCCGGCACCUGAGCUUUCCAAUCUUGUAGAGAUUGAUGCAAUGAUUUUGAAAGCAAAUCAAACGGUUUUCGGGAAAGAAAGUUUAGCAAAAUUUGUUUUAAAUGAAAAUUACAUAUCGCAACUUAUUUCACUUUUAGAUGUUUGUGAGGAUUUAGAAAUCUUGAAUGAUUUGCACUUGCUUUGUUCGAUCAUGAAAAAUAUAAUUCUUACUAAUGAUGCUGCAAUUAUUGAAUACAUUUUAAGAGAUGAUAUUAUUUUGGGAGUGGUUGGAAUUCUUGAAUAUGAUUCUGAAUUUACUACAUAUAAAGCAAAUUAUCGUGAAUAUUUAUCUGAUACAUCAAAAUUUAAACAAGUAGUUGAUAUCAAAAAUACAGAGAUACGGAACAAAAUUCAUCAAACAUUCCGUUUACAAUAUUUGAAGGAUGUUGUUCUUGCUAGGGUUAUAGAUGAUUUAACAUUUUCUAUUCUAAAUACAUUGAUAUUUUUUAAUCAAGUGGAUAUUGUUCAGCAUUUUCAACAUAAUGAUGAAUUCCUUAAAGAGCUUUUUGGACUCUUUAAGGAUGAUUCUGUUGAAUUGAAACGUAAGUUUGAUGCUGUUAUUUUUAUUAAUCAAAUCUGUAAUGUUGGAAAAACGCUUCAAAGUGCAUCACGCGUAUCUUUGUAUACAACGCUUGUAGCUAAUAGUUUAUUUGAUGUUGUCCGUUUUGCGCUUUAUUCUGAAUCCUCAAUAUGUAUAGCUGGUGCAGAAAUAUUAAUGGCAAUUAUUGAAUAUGAUCCUUCGCUUGUACGAUCGUUUAUUUUAGAUCAAGUCAACAUAAAUGAUAAGUCGCUUUUAGAUGUUUUAAUUGAUUUACUCCAUUAUGAAUCUGACCUUGGUAUUAAAGUUCAGAUAUAUGAAACAAUUAGAGUUUUAAUGGAUCCUACUUCUAUUUCUCUUGAUUCAAUUUCAAAAUUUGAUAUAUCUUUACAAAAAUCUAGUGUAUCUGAUACGGAUAAAUUCUUGCAAUUAUUUUAUGAUAAGUCCGCUAAAUUUUUGUUUGAGCCUAUUUUGAAAUUAGAUUUACCAACAAAAGAAAUUGACUCUAUAUCAUCUACAUUAUUAAUGUAUUUAUGUGAACUUUUGUGUUUUUUUGUUAAAGUACACUCAUUUCGUAGUAAAUUUUUUAUUUUAUCAACUAAUAUUUCAUGCAAAAUAGCUAGCUUAUUUACAUUUCCUGAAAAAUAUAUACGUCUUGCUUCUUUACGGUAUUUUAGAACAUGUAUUGGUCUUAAUGAUGAAUUUUACAGUCGACAUUUUAUCAAAAACAAUCUAUUUAGCCCUAUUCUUUCGGCUUAUAUAGAGAUAAAUGAUCGUGAUAAUCUUUUAAGUUCUGCCUGUCUUGAAUUUUUUGAUGUUAUAAGAAAAGAAAAUAUGAAAAGUAUUGUUAAUCAUUUAAUUGAAACUAAUGGAGAGAGAAUUAAGAAUUUAAAUAAUAUUCCUAUUUUUGAUCAACUUAUUAAAAAAUAUGAACAAUAUCAUGAUAAAUCUCAUGAGAUUGAAAAUUCUAAAACGGAAGAUGCUAAACAUACGUCUGUUGGUAGAUGGUCGGAUGCAAGACAUGUUGAUAUUGAAGAGGAAAAUUAUUUUAAUACGUCAGAUGAUGAAGAUAAAGAUGGUAUAGAAAAAUUAGAUAAUUUUGAAGAAAAGAAACUUGUAGAUUAUCCUGAUGAUGAUGUUGAAGUAUAUAAGAAACCUGAUUCAAAUGACUAUCAUAUCUAUGAUGAUAAUGCAGAUUUUCCACUGUCUUCUGAUAAAAUUGCUGAAAAACGGCACCGAGAUGAAGAUGAUGAUUUGGGAUUAUUAACUUGUGCAAAACGAAAUUUUGCUUUUGACGCAAAAUCUACUUCACCUCAAUCUAGUCCGAAAAAGAUUGCUAUUUCUAUUGGGAAUUUUAAAAAGGCUACGAGUUCUGAGUAG